AUGGGCCAAACACUUCAGAGGCGUCCUCAACCACACCCUCUUCCCAUCAUCGCUGACACCGCCAUAGUCCGUCUGCCUCAAGUGGAGACAAACGCCGAACUGGACCUCCUGCCCUCUUUCCAUGAAACCAUCAGGGUCGUGCAGCAGCUCUCCAGCGGGAAAGCGCAUGGACCGGACGUGAUCCCUGCUGAGAUCUACCAGCACGGUGGUCUCCAAAUCAUGGAUCAUCUGACGGCGCUCUUCCAGGAGUUGUGGCGUCAAGGGGGAGUCCCGCAGGAUUUAAAGGACGCCAUAACUCAUCCAGCUCUACGACCGGAAGGGGAACCGCCAACUCUGUGA